GCAUAUCUCUUCUGAAGAUAUAGAUGUAGCCUAUCCACUGCACUGGAGUCAUAUGGAUUACGUUUAUGUAUCCUUUAUGUGAUUUUUGGAGCUACAAAGGUCUGGUCACUAUUCACUUGGACAUUCUUCUAAAAAUCCUUUGUUUUUGUUCUGCAGAAGAAAGUCAGUCAUACACAUCUGGGAUGGCAUGAGGGUUUUCCUCCAGAGGCAGACGAAUAAAUGCAACUUCUCGUCCACAUAGAGAACAAACGGAGGAACAGUAUGAGACCGUCCACUAAAGAAAAGCGACUUAAAUUAACCGUCUGUCAACUUACUUCCGCCCUUAGUUAAUACAGUUCUUCUCUCUCUCUCUGGUUUUGCUCGAAUGCUUGAAGUAUUUGAUUGCACUAUACAUUCAGUAGAGUAUGCAGAUUAUAGAGUGAGCGGCAUUCGCAUUGAACAGAAGGAGUGAAAUCACUCUACAUCUUAACAGACUGGAUGGGGGAGGUGAAUUGACUAUUCUUGUAACAGUAGCCCUUGUAAGAACUUGCGUUAAAUAGUCAGGACGCAGCAGGCAGCAGAGUGGAAGCAAACAAACGGCCUUUGCCAGAGAGAGAGAGAGAGAGAGAGAGAGAGAGAGAGAGAGAGAGAGAGAGAGAGAGAGAUUGGGUGCGAAGAACAGUAAACGCCUCAGCAUAAUAUCUUAACGCGCAUUUAGAGAUGAAAGUGAAGCAAGGCUGCGACGCUGGUGUACCAUGUACAACCGAAGAGGAUUUGUUGAAAAACCCAAUAAUAACGCCGGAGGACGUUCUUGGGCUGCAGAGGAUCACAGACAAUUACCUCUGUGGUCCAGAGCAGAACAUUCACAAUAUUGACUUCACCAGGUUCAAAAUCCGAGACAUGGAGACCGGUACAGUUCUUUUUGAGAUCACCAAACCCCCUACUUCACAGAGUGUGGAGGAUAGAGAGCACUUUGACCCUAACACUGGACGCUUCGUACGUUAUCAGUUCACCCCCGCUUUCCUUCGACUACGCCAGGUUGGUGCCACGGUGGAGUUUACUGUUGGAGAUGCUCCCAUCAACAACUUCCGAAUGAUUGAGAGGCACUAUUUCCGUAGUCAGCUGCUGAAAAGCUUUGAUUUUGAGUUUGGCUUCUGCAUCCCCAGUAGUAAAAACACCUGCGAACACAUCUAUGAGUUUCCACCUCUUUCUGAAGACAUAAUGCGUGAAAUGAUCCUUCACCCCUUUGAGACUCAGUCUGACAGCUUUUAUUUCGUGGACAACAAGCUGGUAAUGCACAAUAAAGCAGAUUAUUCCUACAAUGGUGGACCGUAAGAAGACUUUCAUUUCAUUUGCAGAAUGGACUGGUGUAGUAACACCUACUGAAAAUGGCUUCUAGGCCUCUAAUAUUUUAUGAGAGUGUGCAUUGGUGCAGGAAAAAAAAAAUCACCCCAAUCUCAGGAUUUUUGUGUGUGUGCUAUAUGUUAAAGGGAGAAUGUUAAUCUCAGAAAAUAUUAAGUGCACAUUUCGUGCACAGUUCAUUUUACAAACAUUUGAUAAUUGACUCAUUACAUUUUUUUUCCUCUCUGAGUAGAUGGGCGUGCCUGCACACGUGCAUUAAUCGCAUGCUUGACAUCAGCAAAAAUCUGUGUUUUUUAUGUAUUCUUCAACACCCAAACCCAGAUUAUUCUACAGUGUGACACCUACAGUAGGAGUUCCUCUGAAACUAUUUUAUGUUUUCAUGUAUAGACAUGCAGGUUUUAAGACUUCAUGUGCAGAUUGUCCAUACAGUGUCAUCUCACUUAAGUUCAGAAUUAUUCAAUUGUGUUUUGUCCCUUAUUAUUAAUUGAUUGAUAGCUUCCUCAUAUGCUGACAGUUCUUGAGACUUUGCUCAUAUUAUGAUCUGAUUCUGUGUUUUGCAUUUAGAGGACACAAGGCCAUAGAGUCAGAAGGAGAUAGAAAGCCUGUAAGAUUCAGUGUGUUGGAAUCUUUAAGAGGUUCAGACUAAAACUGAAUAAACUGUGAAUUCAGGGUCACUUCACUUUGGCCUCUAUAAAGGAGGCCUCACUUUUAUCACUUUGGCUUUUGAAUGCUUAUACCUGUAGUUUAAUUCUAUAAUUAUGUGUUAUUUAUAUGAACAUACAGUUAUUUAUAUUCAUAUACAUUGUUUAUUUUUAUUAGCACCUUUUGUCAAAAAAUUGUUAGGUAGGUCUAUCUGUUCUGUGUUAAUUGUUAUAUGUGGUUCAACAAAAGUGAGACCAUAAAAAAUU